GCCAUCGUCAGGACCCAAACAUAACAUACCGGAAAGUUUCAAAUCAUUAAGUAAACAUUGGAGUUAACGCUGAAAAUACAGACCUUCGUUUCUUCCAGAUUCCUGCCCCGUGAUACAAUGAACAACAUGUCGCCUGAAGUUGCUCUGCACCGGAUCUCACCGGAGCUGCGGCCUUUGCUCUGCAGUGUGGUGAGGAACGGCCGAGUGGGCCUCGACUCCUCUAACUGCCUCCGGGUCACAGACCUCAAAACAGGAUGCACAUCGCUGACUCCAGGUCCGUGCUGCGAUCGUUUCAAACUUCAUAUCCCCUAUGCCGGAGAAACCCUUAAAUGGGAUAUAAUUUUCAACGCUCAGUAUCCCGAAUUACCUCCAGAUUUUAUUUUUGGUGAGGAUGCAGAGUUUCUUCCUGAACCUUCCGAGCUACCCCACUUGGUCCAGUGGGAUGCUGGAGAUCCUGAGUGUUUGCUUCAUCUGGUGAAGGAGCUCAUCCAGCAGUACCAUCAGUACCAGUGCCAACGUCUGCACGAGAGCUCCAGGCUGCUUUUUGAGUACGACAGUCUGCUGGAAGAUCCGAGCUAUGGACGGAACCUGGAGAUUUACGCUGGACGGAAAAACACCUGGACUGGAGAGUUCUCAGCCCGUUUCCUCCUUAAGCUCCCAGUGGACUUCAGCAACAUCCCGGUUUAUCUUCUCAAGGACACAGCACUAGACCCAGGAGAGGAUGUGGCUCUUCUCUCAGUGAGCUUUGAGGAUGCUGAAGCUACCCAGGUCUUCCCUAAACUCUACCUCUCUCCAAGCAUCGAGCACGCUCUGGGAGGCUCCUCCGCGCUUCACAUCCCAGCCUUCCCCAGCGGAGGAUGCCUAAUUGAUUAUGUCCCUCAAGUGUGUCAGUUGCUCACCAACAAGGUACAAUAUGUCAUACAAGGUUAUCACAAGAGGAGGGAGUACAUCGCUGCUUUCCUUAGCCACUUUGGAACGGGAGUGGUGGAGUACGACGCAGAGGGAUUCACUAAACUCACCCUACUCCUCAUGUGGAAAGACUUUUGCUUCCUGGUGCAUGUGGAUCUCCCGCUGUACUUCCCCCGGGAUCAGCCCACCCUCACCUUUCAGUCUGUGUACCACUUCACCAACAGCGGUCAGCUCUACUCUCAGGUGCAGACGUCGUAUCCCUACAGCCCACGCUGGGACGGCAACGAGAUGGCCAAAAGGGCGAAGGCGCACUUCAAGAGCUUCAUCCCUCAGUUCCAGGAGGGAGCCUUCGCCAAUGGGAAACUGUAGCUCUUCUCUUGCUUUUGCUGGAGUGUGUCUGAGCGUCUGUGCUCUUUUGUGCCUGUUUUCCUUUUGUCCGCACAGACUUACUGUAUAUCCUCACGUUGUUCUCACCGAAGCUGAUGGGAAAGAGCCACGUUUCUGUAGAACUGUGUUUUCGAGGCAUCAUGAAGAUUCAUCAUAAGUGUUGACAGCUGUGUAAAAACCCUUCAUUCCUAAAGCUCUUACAGAAAAGAAAGCUGACAGCUUGUAUUAUACUACUUCUGACAAUAAAUGCUGUUUUGUUUUGCGUGACGUCUGGAGUCUCCAUGCACAUAUUUUUUAUUUGCUUUAAAAAGAGCUGAAGGAACAAGCUUUGUUUACUUGCUUUCGUCAUAUUACUGUCAAUUUGUGCACAGCUGUUGAUGUUAAAAUACUUUAGACCCUUUCGUUUUGCUUAAAGGUUGUCUUUCUUUCAUGAUUUGUGGAGUCUUUUACGGUACUUUGAACUGUUCACAAAUAUGUUUUUAUUCCAAUGUUUCCUUUAGUAAAACAUGUUUCUCUUG